ACUGCCUCAGACUUCCAUCUCUUCUUGACUUCUUGCUCAAUAAUAUCUCCGGCGGAAAAGUGAGAUGGCUACGGAUGCUGCGGCGGCGGAGUGCGCCAGAGUGGGCGGCGCCGGUGGGUGCUGCAAGAAGGGGCCGGGGUAUGCCAGCCCUAAGGAAGCCAUGAAAGGACCUAGGGAGUCCCUCAUUUAUGUCACCUCCGUCUAUUCAGGAACAGGAAGGGAGAAACCCGACUACCUGGCUACUGUUGAUGUUGAUCCUAGUUCACCAACAUAUUCUAAAGUAAUCCACAGGCUACCAAUGCCUUAUUUAGGCGAUGAACUACAUCAUUCAGGAUGGAAUUCUUGCAGUUCUUGCUUUGGUGACCCAUCUGCUUCUCGUCGAUAUCUUGUCCUGCCCUCACUAAUAUCUGGGCGCAUAUAUGCAAUUGACACGAUUAAGGAUCCAAGAGCUCCCAGUCUGCAUAAAGUUGUUGAGCCAGAUGAGAUAAUAAAGAAGACUGGGUUGGCCUAUCCACACACUGCUCACUGCCUUGCCUCUGGUGAUAUUAUGUUGUCAUGCCUGGGUGAUAAAGAUGGAAAUGCUGAUGGGAAUGGUUUUCUUCUACUUGAUUCGGAUUUCAACGUGAAGGGAAGGUGGGAAAAGCCAGGGCACAGUCCACUGUAUGGGUAUGAUUUUUGGUACCAGCCUCGGCACAAGACAAUGAUAAGCUCAUCUUGGGGAGCUCCCAAGGCCUUCACUAAAGGCUUCGAUCUUCAGCAUGUUUCUGAUGGGCUCUAUGGUCGCCAUUUGCAUGUCUAUAGCUGGCCUGGUGGUGAAUUGAAACAGACGCUGGAUCUUGGAGAUACAGGGCUUCUACCCUUAGAGAUACGAUUCCUGCAUGAUCCAUCUGAAGCGACAGGGUUUGUGGGGUGUGCAUUAACAAGUAACAUGGUGCGUUUUUUCAAGAAUCCAGAUGAUUCGUGGAGCCAUGAGGUAGCAGUGUCAGUGAAACCAUUGAAGGUGAAAAACUGGAUUCUUCCCGAAAUGCCCGGACUCAUUACUGAUUUUCUGAUCUCACUGGAUGACCGCUUCCUAUACUUGGCCAAUUGGCUGCAUGGUGACAUUAGGCAGUAUAACAUCGAAGACCCAGCAAACCCAAAGCUGGCAGGGCAAGUCUGGGUGGGUGGAUUGAUACGAAAAGGAAGCUCUGUACUUGCAGAAGCCAAAGAUGGCACAACAUUCCAGGUCGAUGUCCCAGAUAUUCAGGGAAACAAGCUGAGAGGAGGGCCGCAGAUGAUACAGUUGAGUCUAGAUGGGAAGAGGCUCUACGCAACAAACUCCCUCUACAGUACCUGGGACAAACAAUUCUAUCCAGACCUUGUGGAGAAAGGGUCCCACAUUAUACAGAUUGACGUGGAUAGUGAUAAAGGGGGUCUUUCCGUCAACCCAAACUUCUUUGUGGACUUUGGAACUGAACCCGAUGGUCCAGCCUUGGCUCAUGAAAUGAGGUAUCCUGGGGGUGACUGCACGUCUGAUAUCUGGGUUUAAAAGCAGGUACCAUAUAUAGAACUAAUAAUGCCAAGAAUAAUGAAGGCUUGCCUUUUCGGCUAUGGUAUAUUUAUUGGCUUCGCCUGCUUGUUGAGUUACACUUGUAACAAUUGUAUGUGAAAUAAUGGGAUGGCAUAAUGGGGCAUUGCCUGCAAUAUCGAAUAACCCUUGUAAUGUAAUGGCUACAAAUACUCUGUUUUUAAAAGUAUUCUGCUCUUGCAAAUGAAUUACUGUCCUAAUA